CUGUCGAGCGCCGCAUCGCAGAGAGGCACCCGGAUUAUAAAUAAUGUAUUUCCUUUGUCUUGUAGGAAUUCUGGAGGCAGAGGGGCCAUCCGAUCGGCGGCGAGCAGCUUACAUAGCAAAUCUAAUAGAGCUGAAGUGGGAAUAAAUGGCUCUUUGCCUCCAGCUGCUGUUGACAGAAGUAAUGAAAGCAUUAAACAUCAUGUUCGGCUGGGCCUGUCCAAAUGGAAACACAACCAGACGCUCUCUUUGAAGAUCAGAAAACACAUCUUGAAGUUUCUGGAUGCGGAGAAAGACAUUUCAGUGCUGAAAGGAACUCUGAAACCUGGAGAUAUCAUUCACUACGUCUUUGACCGGGACAGCACCAUGAAUGUUUCCCAAAACCUCUAUGCGCUUCUGCCCAGAACCUCACCACUGAAGGGCAAGCACUUCCGAACGUGUGCAAUUGUAGGCAACUCGGGCAUUCUCCUCAACAGCGCCUGCGGGGCGGAAAUCGAUGCUCAUAACUUUGUGAUAAGAUGCAACCUUGCUCCGGUGCAAGAGUACACCCAGGAUGUCGGGAUGAAGACGGACCUGGUGACGAUGAACCCCUCGGUCAUCCAACGGGCCUUCGAGGACCUGGUGAACGACACCUGGCGGGAGAAGCUGCUGCAGCGCCUCCACAGCCUCAACGGCAGCAUCCUCUGGAUCCCAGCCUUCAUGGCGAAAGGGGGCAAGGAGCGGGUGGAGUGGGUCAACGAGCUGAUCCUCAAGCACCACAUCAACGUCCGCACCGCCUACCCUUCUCUGCGCCUCUUGCACGCCGUCCGAGGGUAUUGGCUGACUAACAAAGUGUAUAUUAAACGCCCCACCACCGGCUUGCUGAUGUACACCCUGGCGACUCGCUUCUGUAACAGGAUUCACCUCUACGGCUUCUGGCCUUUUCCCCGGGACCAAGACCAAAACCCCGUCAAAUACCACUACUACGACAGCUUGAAAUAUGGCUACACGUCGCAAGCCAGCCCGCACACCAUGCCCUUGGAGUUCAAAGCUUUGAAGGCCCUGCACCAACAGGGCGCUUUGAAACUCACAGUGGGCGAGUGCGAGGGGGCCACGUAGAGAUGGGGUCCACGUGGGGCUCGCUUUUCUUGACAAGAGGUCUGAGGAGGGGGAGCCCGGAGGGAGCAGUGAUGGGUGGAAAUGGUUUUCGUGACACAGAGAAUGGGGACCCAAGUAUAUAGACAUGGUACCAUUGUACGUCUUUGGGGUUCAUAAAGGGAAGAGCCAGGGGGACGCAGCCCAGGAGAGGGAAGGCGGUUUGGUGCAGGAGAAGAACUCGGUUCUUGCGGCCUUCCCCCGAAGCUUGGAAAGUCGAUGUGGUCUGUAUGGGUACUUUUAGCGUGACGAGUUAAUGUUAGGCCCGUGUUGUGAGUGGUCUAGAAUUGGUAGCUAGGAUCCGUUUGGCCGGCAAGCCGGGCUUCCGGCUCGUGUUGUGUUCUUGCUUAGUGGUAUUGAAGAGGGACUUGGGGG